AUGAAGAACAUGAAGAACAAUAUUAAGAUGAUGAAGAACAUGAAGAACAAUAUUAAGAUGAUGAAGAACAGGAAGAACAAUACAAUUAUGAUGAAGAACAAUAUUAAGAUGAUGAAGAACAGGAAGAACAAUAUUAAGAUGAUGAAGAACAGGAAGAACAAUACAAUUAUGAUGAAGAACAAUAUUAAGAUGAUGAAGAACAGGAAGAACAAUAUUAAGAUGAUGAAGAACAGGAAGAACAAUACAAUUAUGAUGAAGAACAAUACUAAGAUGAUAAAGAACAGGAAGAACAAUACAAUUAUGAUGAAGAACAAUACUAAGAUGAUAAAGAACAGGAAGAACAAUACAAUUAUGAUGAAGAACAAUACUAAGAUGAUGAAGAACAGGAAGAACAAUACAAUUAUGAUGAAGAACAAUACUAAGAUGAUGAAGAACAGGAAGAACAAUACUAAGAUGAUGAAGAACAAUACUAAGAUGAUGAAGAACAGGAAGAACAAUACAAUUAUGAUGGAGAACAAUACUAAGAUGAUGAAGAACAGGAAGAACAAUACUAAGAUGAUGAAGAACAGGAAGAACAAUACUAAGAUGAUAAAGAACAGGAAGAACAAUACUAAGAUGAUAAAGAACAGGAAGAACAAUACUAAGAUGAUGAAGAACAGUACUAAGAUGAUAAAGAACAGGAAGAACAAUACAAUUAUGAUGAAGAACAAUACUAAGAUGAUAAAGAACAGGAAGAACAAUACAAUUAUGAUGAAGAACAAUACUAAGAUGAUGAAGAACAGGAAGAACAAUACUAAGAUGAUAAAGAACAGGAAGAACAAUACAAUUAUGAUGAAGAACAAUACUAAGAUGAAGAACAGGAAGAACAAUACUAAGAUGAUGAAGAACAGGAAGAACAAUACAAUUAUGAUGAAGAACAAUACUAAGAUGAAGAACAGGAAGAACAAUACUAAGAUGAUGAAGAACAGGAAGAACAAUACAAUUAUGAUGAAGAACAAUACUAAGAUGAUGAAGAACAGGAAGAACAAUGCAAAGAUAAUAAGAACAAUUGACUAUUAA